AUGGAUGAAUACGUCAGCCAUAGGCGCAAUAUGGAUGAAUACGUCAGCCAUAGGCGCAAUAUGGAUGAAUACGUCAGCCAUAGGCGCAAUAUGGAUGAAUACGUCAGCCAUAGGCGCAAUAUGGAUGAAUACGUCAGCCAUAGGCGCAAUAUGGAUGAAUACGUCAGCCAUAGGCGCAAUAUGGAUGAAUACGUCAGCCAUAGGCGCAAUAUGGAUGAAUACGUCAGCCAUAGGCGCAAUAUGGAUGAAUACGUCAGCCAUAGGCGCAAUAUGGAUGGAUCAGUGAGCCAUAGGCGCAAAAUGGAUGGAUAA